AUAUAUUGUCGUCCUUGAAGAAUUAAGGAUCCAUUAGUUGGUAUCUUGUCUCUUAGCGUGUAAGUGUUAUCUUGUUUCUAUGAGGAAACUGAAACUGAAAGAGGUGAUAGGGAUAAUGAAAGACAAGGCUUCACAAGGUAAAGCUGCGAUUCUCUCCAAACGCGCCACACUCUCUCUCCUACGCGCCACCGGCCACGACUCUUUCACCCCUCCCACGCGCAAGGACCUCUCCACGCUCCUUGCCUCCGGCGAUGGUUCACGUUCCACGGCUGCCGCCGCCAUGGAGCUUCUGAUGGACCGCCUCCAGACGACGCAGAACUCCGCCGUGGCCCUGAAGUGCCUUGUCGCCGUCCACCAUGUCAUCAAGCACGGUAGCUUCAUCCUGCGCGACCAGCUUCCCUACAGCGGUGGCAGAAACCACCUUAACCUCUCCAAAUUCCGCGACAGGAGUAGCCCGGUGUCGUGGGGACUCUCUGCUUGGGUCCGAUGGUACGCCAGACAUGUGGAACAGCUUCUUUGGGCCUCUAGAACUGUCGGGUUUUUUCUCAACACUGCACCAGAAUCAUCAUCGGAAGUGAAAGUUUCGGGUCUGGCCAACGGUGAGUUGCUACGGGAGACGGAGGCUUUGUUGGCGGUGGUUGAGGGGAUUGGAGAAAUACCCGACCAUGUGUCCACAGAAGGGAACAAGUUAGUUGCUGAGAUAGAGAGUUUGGUGGAAGAGGAUGUGGUUGCGGUGUUGAGUGAGGUUUUUGUUAGGGUUAACGAGUUUAGGGAGAGGUUGGGGUGUCUAUGUUUUGGAGAAGUGGUGGAGUUGGUUUACGUGAUGAAUAGAUUGGAGAAGUGCAAAGAGAGAGUGGUGGUGGUGGAGAAGCAGAGGUUAUGGGAUUCAGUGAGAGAGUUGAAGGAGAAAGUGAAGAAAAUGGAGGUGUAUAGAGAAGAACAGAAAACAGUGACUACACACAGGACGACCAAGUCAGAUAGGUUUGAUCUUAAGUUUCUCAAAUCUCUUGAUUUGGUCCGGUUCCCCUCAACAAGGUUAUUGUAAUAUUUUGUAAAUAUAUAAGUUAUAUAUUUUUUUCUCACAUUCUCUUUUGUUCUAAGGAAAAGUGGGAUGAGUGUUAAUUAGAUGUGUAAAAAAGUUAAAUUUUUUUAAGAGAGAAGUGGAAUGUUUAAAACUGAUUGUUAAUU